GCUUGAUGUGAUCAUGGAUUUUGAAAGAAGUGAUCCGCACCACAUUUGAAUCGUUCUACUAACGAAUCCGCGGACAGAAUUGAUCCAAUACAUUCAGACUGGACCACUAAAAGAACUCCCGCUGUAGAUUCAGAUACAGAUAGCGAAGUUUCUACAGCCGUACAAGAAUCGCUUGGUGACAUUGGAUGUAAUAUUCACAUGGAUUCAGACGACGCGCAGAGCUACGUAGCCUACACACGGUGCGGGUCCGUGUAUACCAGCGCUGGCGGUUCUACAUCUCCUAAUAACAUUACAGCAAUGUGUCUUGAAAAUAUGGAUUGUUCAGAACUCACAGAGGCGCAUUGUCGUGACGACACGGGGCAAGAACGGGCAGUGGAAAGUCAUAGGCAUUCUAUGACACCCCAAGCUAGAAUCGAGGAACUGCAUAGUCUUAUUUGGGAAAGACGAGGAGCUGAACUGGGUGGAACUCAACUGGCAAAAGCCAAUCCCACGUAUUACACCAACAUUGCAAUACACCAGCUUGAAGGGUCCCAUUUCCACAAUACACUGGCGUGGAACCAAAAAGCCUGCAGCGGCGCCUCCAUGCGGCGUUUGCUUGCAGAGCCAGUGUCUUUUACUCACUACAAUGAAAACAUAAUGGAAACCAAGUUUCAAACUUAUAGCAAUGAUACAAUUUGUAGCGCGCAGGACGUAAACGGAGACUGUUUGUUUUCUGUGCCCGAAAAUAACUCACUCGAUGCCACUGAAUCGACAACUGCUAGACCCAACAUGGCUCCAGUUUGUAAGUCUGAAAUCUCAAAUUUAAACGCCAAUCGUAGACAAAGUCCUACAGUUCAAACAGGCGUUAAUGACCAAACGCAAAUGAUCGAACAGCACGAAUGCCGCGUGUGUCAAUGCGUUCCGCAAGUCUCAGCAACCCAUAUGGAAUGUAAAAGACAAGACGAAGUUCAAAACCGCCGUCGACGACGUACAGAAUCAUUCAAAUCAGUCGACUCCGGAUUUCCGACAUCGGACGAGUCGGUUUCGCCGCCACUUUCGCCAAGAGAUUACACGGCGCAAAUAACGGAUGCAUCUUCGAGCACGAACGGACCGUUUAUGAAAAACGUUUUCGUUGUAGAUACUCAUGUUACUUGCUGCAAACGUGCGUGUGCUGCAACCAACGUUUGUGACGUCAUAGACACAGUAGAGACGCGUAUGUUAGAGCCUAUUGCUCGUUCCCCUCAAAGCGAAUGGCUUGAUUCCAGCUAUUUGAAGCUGACAGCAUUGAACAAGAUGGCGAACAGCAGCAUUACUGAGUGAUACACUGUUCUGAGUUGCGCUGGCUGAGUGUCACAAACCUGUAAUCACAUUAACUGAACAAAGUUCGAUUGUAAACGCCUGUACUAACAUAAAGUUCCUAAUCGUAGCUUUUCUUAUUUAUUUGUAAACUUAACUAAACGUGCUAUAGGUUCACAUCGUUUAUAUAAUACCUUCAUAUAAAUUUAUACAUUGGAACACAUUAUCUAAUAAAGAAUGACGAUCUAUAUUUGAUU